CAUACACGGCGACAGUCUCGACAAUAUCAACAACACGACAUGUCUCGGUCAUAAGAAUGGCCAUUAUGGCAUUAUCAUCAUCAUCAUCAAAACAGGCAACCAUGGAAGCGGGGCCUUCGAGCAAGAGGGCAUCAGUGUCGCCAAGAAUACCAGUCGCCUCGUCGCUGCUCCGAACAGUCGGCCUCGUCGCCUUGCUCCUGGCCGUUUUGGCGCCCGAGGCGGCAGCGCAAGAGUCGUCAAGUCAAUCAGAGACCCAGUCGACCCACUCGUCAGCCACCGCCUCGGAGAGCGGGAGCCACAGCCAGUCUGGGAGCUCGGCAUCACACGCAUCGACCGCGUCGAGCGCCGUAGCGCCAGCACCAACCCCGACAGGCUCUGCGCCUGCGGCCGCGCCGACGCUGAACGUCACGGAACUGCAUUCAAACUUUACGCUACCUCCCUUGAACCGGACGCACCCCGCUGUGGUGGUGCAGUUUCCACAGGGCCUCAACGCGCUCUCGGUCGUGUUCAACAUUGCGUCGCUUGGCUCCAACACCUCCGAGCUCCCGCGUGUCUUUGUGUCCACCGGCAGCGAGGACGGAGGCGCGGGAUACGACUACGUGAUCGACAAGGCCAAGGACGAUCCGGCGAGCGGCGGCACUUGGCUUGGAGACUGGAACCGCCGCGAUGGGGACCACGACGCAUGGGAGAUCUCAUGGGACCAGGGGUUCGGCAACUGGACAUAUGGGCUCGACUUUCAUACCCAGAAGUUUGACCCCAAUGCGCCGAGCGUCAAGCCCAGUAUUCUUAUCGGGCGCGGUAUCCAAGACGACAUUACGCUCAGCCCGUCAGCGAUCAGCGAUGGCAACGUCGAGGUGUUUGUCCUCGUGUCGGACACUUAUGACAACUCGACGGGCAUUCCUGGAAUGUCGGCCGAGACGCCGUUGCUGGGCGAUACGACGCAGAGCUCAGUGCUGUUAUUCUCGCCAGUGCUGCUGCACGAGUCGAUCGCCGAGCCGCUGUUCCCAAACUACUCGCUGCCCAAGGCCGAGGUGGAUCUCCCGCAAUGGGACGAGGCGGACACGGUGACCAAGAACACGAGAUUCGUCAUCCUCCCGACGACCUUGUCGCCCGUAUCCGUGGGGCUGGGCAACUCGAUCGCUGCGAUCGACAAGGUAGUGCGCGACCACAACCUCACGGUGCUCAAUGCCACAAGCUCGGGCACGCAGUGGAUGAAUGUCGAGAACUCGGACGGCUUCAGGUAUUGGGGCUUCUUCCAGGGCCUGCAGCCAGAGACCAACUACACGGCGUGGAUGGUGGAGCAGGACACGUUUAUCAAGAGCGAGCCGUCGUGGUUCGCCACCAAGGAGGCCACGUUCGCCUGCCCAAUUGUGCUUCCCAAUGCGAUGUGCCCAGGAAUCGGCUACGCAUCACCCGUCGCCCCAUUGAAUGCGAGCGGCGAUGCCCUCAGUGCAAUCCCAGACGCUUUUGCUCAAGUCCUGGAAGAGAACCUCCAAGGGUUCGAAGUCUCGCUCAUGUCCAUGGCGUGCGGGCGAGACCGAUACUCGUGGAGCUCGACCUGCCUCGACUGCUACAUGGCGUACCGUGACUGGCUGUGCCGCAUCGUUGUGCCCCAGUGUGCGUCCAACAACCCACCCGACUUUGUGGACGCCGACCCCAACGGCCCGGACAGCCCGUUCGUUGUACCCCGAACCAACAGCAGCAGGCGCAACCCCGACCCGUUCCCGGCCUACGCGACCGACUACAACGAACUGCAGCCAUGCAUCUCGACGUGUACGGCGGUUGAUCGCACGUGCCCGCCAUCGCUCCAGUUCUACUGCCCGCACCGCAACUUCAACGCCAACGAGAGCUACGCGUACAUUGGAAAGAAUAACAUGAAGAACGACGGCGUCGGAGCCAACGGAUGGCCAGCAACCGACACCUGGGGCAACAGGUGGUGCAACGCGUAAUUUCCCAUGUCUCCAUGCGAAGGCGAUGAGCGAGGCGCGAGCACGCACAGCACGUACAGCACAAAUGUGCACAAACUUGUCACGUCGCACUCUAGAUUAUCGGUGACUCGAGGGUUCGAGGCCCCAGAAGUGCAAGGCCGAUUCUCAGGUACCGGGAAUCAAACGCCACCCCACGUGGCCAUCAGACCCCGAUACCCCGAUCGGCGAGUUCCACCAUUCCUCGCCAUUGAUUCUUUUCUUGCUCGGCGACGAUUGUGUUUGCUGUUUUGUAUGCAUAGCGCCGAGAUAUUGGAGGUAGUGUAUAGUGAUGUAUGUUUAGAGCGAC